AUGCUUUCAUAUCAUAAAUAUAAAUUUAAUGUUAUUGAUAUUAAGUCAUUUGUGCCAAAAUUAAGUAAUAGAUUCUUUUUGAAAUAUUAUUUAAUUUAAUAUAGAGAAUUCUUAAUUUCUUUAAUUUAUCAAAAAAAAUUAGGUUUUUUGUUCAAAUUUAAAUAAAAUCAAACAUAAAACAUACAGAAGGUGAGAUUUUGGCUAAAGAAUUAAAAAAAACAUAAAGUUCCAUUACUUUUUGAGAGUGGAUUUUUAUGUUUAUGUUCCACUUGUUCAGUCUUAUUAAGUAAUUCUAAUGAUUUUAAUAAAAUUUAAAUUGCUUAACUAUAAAGUUAUGAAGAGAUAAAGGAAAAUUGGAAGGCAUUUAUUCUAAAAGAAAAUUUAAGAGUGCUUCUUUCUUGUUAAAUUAAUGUAUACAAAGAAUUGGAAAAAUGUUACAUUAUUAAUUUGAGCAUUUUCAUUUAUAAAGUAAUGUUAUAAAUGAUCUUUUGUUAAAGUCUUGAAACUUAUAUUAAUAUAAUUUAUAUUCAAAUGUCUUUCGAUAAAUUACAACCUGUCAUUAAACAAAUAGAUAUGAGUGAUGAAAUGUAAAGAGAAGUCAUUGAAGUAUCAAGAUAAGCCAUAGACAAGAGUUCUACUGUAUAAGCAUUUAUAAUAUGUAGGAUUAAUAAAUUGCAUCAUAUAUCAAAGAUGAAUUAAGAGCAAAAUAUCAUGGAACGUGGCAUUGUAUUGUAGGAAGAAACUUUGGGUCGUAUGUAACUCAUGAAACAAAACAUUAUAUAUAUUUUUACAUUGGAUAACUGGCCAUCAUGCUCUUCAAAACAGGAUGAU